AUGGGAAACAAUUGUCCUAAUUGGAAAAAACCCGAGGAUGGAUUUUUCGACACGAUGGCUUACGCCAACAAAGCCAAAAGCCGCGUAGCCCCUACCGGUUUUCAUCAUAAUCCUCCUCAAACGAUGGAGAUCAAAAGUCGAGACACGAAACAAUUACAGCCAGCCAUUAAGCCAAAAAACCCAACUAAUGCUAAGAAACUAAUGAGCGCUGGCCUUCGAGCCGAGUCCAUACUCGACUCCAAAACAGGAGGAUACUUCAAAGAGCACUACACGUUGGGUGACGAGCUCGGCCGUGGCCAGUACGGAAAGACAUUCCUCUGCACGCAAAAGAAAACCGGGAAAAAAUUCGCCUGCAAAUCGAUCGCGAAGAGGAGGCUCGUAACAGAAGAGGACGUGCGAGGCGUGAGGCGAGAGAUCGAGAUCAUGCGCCACCUGGCGGGAAAUCGAGACAUUGUGUCGAUCGUGGGCGCUUACGAGGAUGCAGUGGCGGUUCAUGUAGUUAUGGAGCUUUGUCGAGGGGGAGAGCUUUUCGAAAGGAUUUUCGAGCGGGAUUUUUAUUCGGAGGAAAAAGCUGCCGGGCUUACUAGGAAGAUAGUCGGUGUAAUCGAGAGGUGCCAUUCGCUAGGUGUCAUGCAUCGAGACUUGAAGCCCGAGAAUUUCUUGUUUGUUGACGAGGACGAGGAUUCGGACGUGAAGUUGAUAGAUUUCGGUUUGUCCGUUUUCUUUAAGCCAGGGAUAAAAUUCAGUGAAGUAGUGGGGAGCCCUCAUUACAUAGCUCCUGAAGUGCUUUGUGACCAUUAUGGACCGGAGGCCGAUAUUUGGAGUGCCGGCGUUAUAGUCUAUAUACUUCUAUGCGGCGUUCUCCCGUUUUGGGGUGAGAGCGACCAAGAAAUAUUCAGAAAGGUUUUGAAUGGCAAUAUCGACUUCUCUUCCGACCCUUGGCCGAAUAUCUCUGAAUGUGCAAAGGAUUUAGUGAAGAAAAUGCUAGUGAGGAAUCCGAAAAGGCGAAUAACCGCACAACAAAUUCUCCGUCAUCCUUGGCUGCAGACUUACGGAUUAGCUCCCGAUAAGCCUCUUGAAUCUGGUGGUUUAAGUCGUUCAACGCGGUUUUCAGAUACCAAAAUGCUCGAGAAAAUGGCUCCAAGGGCUCAUGUCGACAAUAGUAGCAUGAUCGACUGUGUCGAGUACAUAGCAGGCACAAUGAAUCCGAACAAAAUCGAUGAGGACAAUAGUCUCUGUAAAACCGAACAAUAA